UCGUGUCUGACUGACACAGAUAUGAAAAUUGAUGUAUUUUAUUCAAUAUUACGAAAAUAAGGUGAUUUAAGCAUCGAAUAUUGCCGAUUUAUCUCUUUUUAAGAAUAAGAUUACUCUUUUUAUUUUCUUAUUUUUAACCAAACAUCAAAAAUAUUAUUAGAAUUAAUUUAAUUUCUGAGAGGCAAACAAACAUAGCCUUAAAUCUAAAAUGCAUUUCCACCAUAACAACAGAGAUUUCCACCUUUGCAUAUUUCCAUAAUUUAUUACUCCUACUUCUCCUUUCCCUCUCUAGACUCAUCUGCUGCCAUUGUUGAAUUGAGUUGAACGGUUCCUAGUCCGCGCUCUAGCGUUCAAUCGAAACCAAAACAAACUCAUCUGCAACAGAAGAAUCGAAUCAAUUCAAUUAAGUUCAUUUUCUGUGAAGAAAUUCGAGAUGAUCGGAUGGCUACACAUAGCUCUCAUAGCAGUCUCUACAGCAUUCGUAGCGCUCGUGUUAUUCUUAAUAAUUCAACGAUGGAGUCGAUUCAGAAAGCGUCGUAACGAUCAAGCUGAGAGAGGUCAAAAUCUGCAAAACGGCAUAGCUAGGCUUCACCAAGUCAGCCCUCACCACCACCACCUAGACGUGGCGGGGAAAGCCAACAAUUACCUCUUCCGGCGCGGCGGUGCGUUCAGCUGGUCGGAACACCCCUCUCUCGUCACCGACGCAGUCGAGAACGGCUGGUCGCGAUUCGCCUUCGCCGCCGUGGUGAAAUCGUCUCCGUCGGUGAAAUCGGCGCGGUCGCUGCUCGGCGCGUGCGGUAACGGCGGCGAUAAUCGCGGCAUCGAGGUCGGGUGGGAGGUCUGCGAGGGAUCGGCUGAUUUUGUGCAGAAAAUUCGGCUGAAUCCGGCGGGAUCGUCGAUUGCGGUGGUGAGGGCGGCGCUGCCGCUGCCGGGGCCGAAUUUGGGGAAUUCGUCGUUCCCGCAGGAGGCGUAUUUCGAGGUGACGGUGGUGGCGUGCGGCGGCGAACUUGCGGGGGAACAGCAGGCUGGGAGGGAGAGGAGAGGGGGAUCGGAAGGGGAUGAUAAGGUUAAGCUGAUCGAUGAGGAUUUCAAUGCGAAAAACAGUCCGGAUUCGUUGAAUUGUAGCGCGAGCAGCCAUAGCCAGAGAAGGAGGAAGGGCGAAGAGGGUAUAAUUGGAAAAAACGAUGCGAAAAUUGAUGGUGUUUUGCUGUGUGUGGGGCUCACAAGGGUCAAUCCUCUUCCAUUUAGAUUUCCCGGCACUUUUCCGACUUCCAUUGGCUUCAAUUCGACCGGCUCUCUCUCUCUAGAUGGAACGAAACUCGUGGCAGAGUCUGAGGCCGGCAACUGGGGGAGGAAGGACAGGGUGGUCGGAUGUGGCUACAAUCCGGGGCAUAGGAAGGUUUUCUUCACGGUCGACUCAAAAGUAGUCCACGAGGUCCACUGCAAGACCGAGGACUACUGUGCCCCCCUCUACCCGACCCUGGCAGCCAAUGGGGACACUGUAGUUCUGGUGAACCUUGGGCAGAGCCCUUUUAGAUUCGAGCCUGCGAAUCUGCAACGGAGUCCCAACCCCUGCUUCAUGGGGACAUCCCCUGCACUAGGGUAUGAAGAUAGCAAGGAGCUUUUCUCAAUGGGGAGGAUUGAUUCACUGUGGAUGCAGAGGAGUGCAGCCAGAAGCAACAACAACACAGUCAGUAGCAUCAAAUCUUUGCAAGAAUACGAUCAAGAAUCUGAGGGUGAUCUGUUUGAGAUUGUCUUGGAAAGUUCUGGAAGAUCUCCCUAUACAGGGGCGUAGCCACCUUAUGAGGACAUGGGGCAAUUGCCCCUCCUCAUCCACUCAUUCUCUUAUAUAUUUAUACAUAAAUUUUUAAUUAUGUACUUUAACCACACUAAAUACCCCUUCUCAAAUACAUAAAAUUUUUCUAUGUAUUAUAUUUUUGCCCCUUCUCCAAUAAAAUCCUGGCUCCGCCCCUGUCCCUAUA